AUGAAUAUAUUAUUUGCAAUAGUAGUAUCAUAUGCUAUAAUAUACAUAAAUAGUGUAAGUGGAUUUUCAUUUGAUUCGUUAAAAGACAAAAUAGGCGAAAUAGGAGGAUCUGUUAGUAAAAAAAUAGCAAAAGCUGCAGGAACUGCAGUUAAAAAAUCUCCUGCUGGCACAGCUCUUGAUGUAGCAAGUGAUCUAACAGGGAAAACCCCAAAAGAAGAUGGAAAACCAGCAGAAGCAGGUGGCAAACCAGCAGAAGCAGGGGCAAAUGCUAAACCUGCAGAAGCAAGUGCAGAGGGUAAGCCUGCAGCGGAUGCGAAUGCUAAACCAGCAGAAGCAGGAGCAGAUGGCAAACCAGCAGCCGAUGCAAAUGGAAAUCCUCCAGCUGAAAAUGCAAAUGCUAAUCCUUCAGCAGCAGGUGCAGAUGGAAAACCUGCAGCGGAUGCGAAUGCUAAACCAGCAGAAGGCGCAGCAGGUGCAGAGGGCAAGCCAGCUGAAAAUGCAAAUGCUAAUCCUGCAGGUGCAAAUGCUAAUCCACCAGCAGCAGGUACAGAGGGUAAGCCUGCAGCAGCGGAUGCGAAUGGAAAUCCACCAGCAGCAGGGGCAGAGGGUAAGCAAGCAGAAAAUGCGAAUGCUAAACCAGCAGAAGCAGGUGCAGGUGGAAAGCCAGCUGAAAAUGCAAAUGUUAAUCCAGCUGAAAAUGCAAACUCUCCAGCAGCAGAAGCAGGGACAGCAAGUGCAGAGGGCAAACCAGCAGAAGCAGGUGCAGAAGGUAAGCCAGCUGAAAAUGCUAAUAGCAAUCCUGAAGAAAAUAAAUCUGAGAAUAAAGCCUCUAACGUUGAGGGUGCACAAAACCCAGACCCAAACCAGAUGGACAAAAAAGAUGAAAAUGGCGCUAAGCCAGAAAACAAUCCAGGCAAAACAACAGAUGCAUAG